AGGGAUGAGCCGCGGCCCUCCUUUCCAAUGGCCUCGCCCUCUGGUCUGGAACUGCAGACACUGAGCAAUGGCCCCCAGGCUCCAAGGAGACCUGCUCCUCUGGGCCCAGUGGCCUCAGCCAGGGAGGGCGUGGAGAACGCCUGCUUCUCUGAGGAGCACGAGACCUGUUUCCAGAACCCCAGGGAGGCCAGGCUGGGCAGCUCCCCCAGCCCCCCGGGGGGUGUCCCCUCAGGGUUCCGGUCCCAGAGGGACGAUCUGUCCCUGCAUUCUGAAGAAGGGCCGGGCCUGGAGCCCCUGAGCCGCCCAGUGGAUUAUGGAUUUGUCUCCGCCCUGGUUUUCCUGGUGAGCGGGAUCUUCCUGGUGGUGACCGCCUACGCCAUCCCCCGAGAGGCCCGCGUCAACCCCGACACAGUGACAGCGCGGGAGAUGGAGCGGCUGGAGAUGUACUACGCGCGCCUGGGCUCCCACCUGGACAAGUGCAUCAUCGCGGGCCUGGGCCUGCUCACGGUGGGCGGCAUGCUCUUGUCCGUGCUGCUCAUGGUCUCCUUGUGCAAGGGCGAGCUCUACCGCCGCCCCACCUGUGUCCCCGGCAGGGGCCCCCGGAAGACCUAUGGCUCCAUUAACUUGAGGAUGAGACAGCUGGACGGGGCUGGGGGCCAGGCCCUGGUGGGGAACGAAGUGGUCCACGUCUCAGAGACCAGCCAGACCCUCCAGGGGUCUUAAGUAAGAGGCCACCUUUUCUGGCUGCUGUUGCCCCAGGACAACAAGGCCCCUGAAGGGCCAAGCUUCCAACGGCAUGCCCUGAGAGGCUCAGCGGAAGGCGUCCUGGGUGCUGGGGCCGGAGUCCAGGGCCGGGCGCAGGCCCCGCUCAGGCGUGCGGCCCACUAGUCUGUUUUCUAGCUUGAGG